AUGGGACGAAACAAGAGAGGUACAAGGAGAGAACGCGAUGCUGCCAAUCCCUUAUCUGUACUUGAAGAGGGCCAAAAUCUGCAGCAGCAAGGAGAACGCCGGAAGGGCAUUGAGGCUGCACGUGCUUAUGAAAAGGCAGUGGCAAAGUACAAUGAGGCAAUACUAGCAGGCAGUGGGACUGGCCAUGUGUCCAACGCAUUUUUUGGCCUGGGUGUGUGCCACCAUGGAUGGGGAAAUGCUUUAAUCGACCAUGUUACCAGUACACCAAAUGAGGAGCUGACACUCGAAGCACAAGAGACCGCAUACGCAAGUGCAAGGGAGCACUUCCAUGCAGCAGCUGAAGCAUAUCGACAAGUGGGGCACCACUGCUUGGACUUAUACUGCACACUUUCAACUGUUCCUGACUUGGCUGAGUUGAAGCAGAUGGAAAAUAUGGCUGUGAGUCUUGUAUCUGCUGUCAUUGCAGAUCAGCAGAAUAGAGUUUAG